AUGCUUUUAUUUCUUUCUUUCAUUCUCGCCAUUGUCAGUAUAUCUUUCUUUCUUUCUUCUUUCUUUCUUUCUUUCUUUAGGUUACAACAAUUUCUUUCUUUCUUUCUUUCUUCUUUCUCGCUCUUUUUAGCAUUUCUUUCGGUCUUUCUUUCUCGCCAUUGUCAGUAUUUCUUUCUUUCUUUCUUUCUUUCUUUCUUUCUUUCUCGCACUUAUCAGUAUUUCUUUCUUUCUUUCUUUCUUUCUCGCACUUGUCAGUAUUUCUUUCUUUCUUUCUUUCUUUCUUUCUUUCUUUCUUUCUUUCUUUCUCGCACUUGUCAGUAUUUCUUUCUUUCUUUCUUUCUUUCUUUCUUUCUUUCUUUCUUUCCCUUGUUCCAUUCUUUCUUUCUUUCUUUCUUUCUUUCUUUCUUUCUUUCUUUCUUUCUUUCCCUUGUUCCAUUCUUUCUUUCUUUCUUUCUUUCUUUCUUUCUUUCUUUCUUUCUCGCCCUUGUCAAUAUUUCUUUCUUUCUUUCUUUCUUUCUUUCUUUCUUUCUUUCUUUCUCGCCCUUCAUUUCUUUCUUUCUUUCAUUCUUUCGUUCUUUAUUUAUUUAUUUAUUUCCCUUGUCAGUAUUUCUUUCUUUCUUUCUUUCUUUCUUUCUUUCUUUCUUUCUUUCUUGCCCUUGUCAGUAUUUCUUUCUUUCUUUUUUUCUUUCUUUUCAUUCCAUCUUUCAUUCUUGCUUUUUCUUGAGGUUUUCUUUCUUUUUUUCUUUCUCUAGCAUUUCUUUCUUUCUUUCCUUUGUCAGUAUAUAUUACUUUUUUCUUUUUUUUCUUUCUUUCUUUCUUUCCCUUGUCAGUAUUUCUUUCUUUCUUUCACUAGCAUUUCUUUCUUUCUUUCGUUCUUUAUUUAUUUAUUUAUUUCCCUUGUCAGUAUUUCUUUCUUUCUUUCUUUCUUUCUUUCUUUCUUUCUUUCUUUCUUUCAUUCUUUCUUUCUCGCCCUUGUCAGUUGCAACAUUUUCUUUCUUUCUCGCUCUUUUCAGCAUUUCUUUCUUUCAUUAUUUCUUUCUUUCUUUCUUUCUUUCUUUCUUUAUUUAUUUAUUUAUUUAUUUAUUUCCCUUGUCAGUAUUUCUUUCUUUCUUUCUUUCUUUCUUUCUUUCUUUCUUUCUUGUCCUUGUCAGUAUUUCUUUCUUUCUUUCUUUCUUUCUUUCUUUCUUUUCAUUCCAUCUUUCAUUCUUGCCUUUUUUUGAGAUUUUCUUUCUUUCUUUCUUUCUUUCUUUCUUUCUUUCUUUCUUUCUUUCUCUAGAUUACAACAUUUUCUUUUUUUCUCACUCUUUUCAGCAUUUCUUUCUUUCUUUCUUUCCUUUGUCAGUAUAUCUUUGUCUCUUUCUUUCUUUCUUUCUUUCUUUCUUUCUUUCUUUCUUUCCCUUUAUUUCUUUCUUUCUUUCUUUCUUUCUUUCUUUCUUUCUUUCUCUAGGAAAAAGUUGGUGUAACAUCUAUCUAUCUAUCUAUCUAUCUAUCUAUCUAUCUCAGCUUAUUCGUAUCUAUCUAUCUAUCUAUGUUUAUUUUUAUCUAUCUAUCUCAUUUUGUUCAUUAUCUAUCUAUCUAUCUAUCUAUCUAUCAAUCUAUCUAUUUCAGCUUGUUCGUAUCUAUCUAUCUAUCUAUCUAUGUUUAUUUUUAUCUAUCUAUCUCAUUUUGUUCAUUAUCUAUCUAUCUAUCUAUCUAUCUAUCUAUCUCAGCUUGUUCGUAUCUAUCUAUCUAUCUAUCUAUCUAUCUAUCUCAUUUUGUUCAUUAUCUAUCUAUCUAUCUAUCUAUCUCAGCUUGUUCGUAUCUAUCUAUCUAUGUUUAUUUUUAUCUAUCUCAUUUUGUUCAUUAUCUAUCUAUCUAUCUAUCUAUCUAUCUAUCUAUCUAUCUCAGCUUGUUCGUAUCUAUCUAUCUAUCUAUCUAUCUAUCUAUCUCAUUCUGUUUCAUAUCUAUCUCAGCUUGUUCGUAUCUAUCUAUCUAUCUAUGUUUAUUUUUAUCUAUCUCAUUUUGUUCAUUAUCUAUCUAUCUAUCUAUCUAUCACAGCUUGUUCGCAUCUAUCUAUCUAUCUAUCUAUCUCAGCUUGUUCGUAUCUAUCUAUCUAUCUAUCUAUCUAUCUAUCUAUGUCAGAUUCUUUACCGUUGCAAAAAAGCAUUUCGAUUUACCUACUCACCUGUGUCGCGCAAAUGGAAAAACCUCUGUCGUCAUUUUGUCAAAAGUAUAUACUGUAAGCAAGCUUGA